CUCACUUCCAAUUUACAUUAUGGGCCGGGGAGUGCUACUCACGUCCAAUCUGCCUCAGCUGCAGAACUUGAUCAAGAGAGACCCUGCUGCAUAUAAAGAAGAGUUCUUGCAGCAAUGGAACCACUACAACAGCAUCCGGCAAAUAUUCCAGAUCAAUCCCGAUGAACAGGCUCAGCAUUUCAGGGAGCUAGUUACAUUCAUUGCCCAGGUAGCACUGUGCUAUCCCAAGGAGACGGCGGAGUUCCCAUCGCACUUGUCGACCAUGCUGCUCGAGAACUAUGGCACGCUCUCCUUAGACAUGCGCAAGUCUCUCGUCCAGAAUCUGGUUAUGUUGCGGAACAAGGAUGUCGUUACGUCCAUUAUCCUGCUCAAAACUCUCUUCCCUCUCCUCCCGCGGACGACCUCCUCAUCCCUCCGUGCCUUUAUCAGGCGCACCAUUCUCUCCGACAUCCGCACCGCCAAUCUUCGCACGAAGAACCACAAGCUCAAUCGUGCCGUGCAGGCGAUGCUGUUCGGGAUGAUCGAGCGUGGGAUGGACCAGGAGGUCGUCGGCGACAAGGGGAAGCUCCGUGCGGCUGCAGGCGCCUCUGCUCAUGGUACGCCGCAGAAUGGCGGAGAGGCGAUGUGGGCUAUCGUGCUGACGAAGGAGCUGUGGAGGAAGGGUAUUUGGAAUGAUACCAAGACGGUGUCGAUACUUGCAUUGGGAUGUUUUCAUCCUGUCGUGAAGGUUCAGAGUGCUUCGUUGCACUUCUUCCUGGGUAGUGACGAGGAGAAGGAGGAUAGCGAUGACGAAUCAGAAGAUGAGCCUGAUGUAAAGGCACUACAACAUCGCAGAGAGGUGAACAAAAAGACGAGGAGCGGUGACAAGAAGAUUCGAAAGACAAUCAAAUCUAUCAAAUCUAAUCGAAAGAAGAAGGCGGAAUCAUCCACGCCUAAUUUCCCUGCUAUCCAACUGCUGAACGACCCUCAGACAUUCGGUGAGAAGCUGUAUGAUAAUCUCAAUCGUUAUGACAAGCGCUUCUCGCUCGACCACAAAAUUCUCAUGAUGCAGCUCCUCUCGCGCGUCAUGGGUUCUCACAAGCUCUGCGUGCUCGGCUUCUACACCUACAUCAUGAAGUACCUCACCUACCACCAGCUGCGCAUUCCAGCGAUCCUGGUCGCGCUCGCGCAGUCCGUGCAUGACCUCACGCCGCCCGAUGCGCUUACGCCCGUCGUGCGCAAGCUCGCGCAGGAAUUCGUGCAUCCCGGCGUGGGCAGUGAGGUCAUCGCGGCGGGCCUGAAUGCCAUUCGCGAGGUGUGCAGGAGACAACCGUGGGCGAUGGAGGAGGAUCUGCUGGGCGAUUUGGUGGAGUAUCGGAAGAGCAGGGAUAAGGCGGUUACGGCCGCUGCGAGGGGGCUGUUGCAACUGUUUCGUGAUGUCAAUCCUGGGAUGCUCAAGCGGAGACAGCGGGGUAAGGAGGCCAGUAUGGGCAUAGCGGGCGGGAUCCAGCCGCUGCCUUUCGGCCACAGUACUGAUGCAGCGGUGGAUAUCGAGGGUCUUGUACUGUUGGAAGAUCACCUGGAGAAGCUGCGGGAAGAAGACGGUGCAGCCUCGGGAGAUGAAGAAGAGGAUGAUGAGGCUGCUUGGAAAGGCUGGGAUAUUGAGUCGGACUCUUCGGAAGAUUCCGAUGAUUCAGGAGGAUGGAUAGCCGUUGAGUCGGAUGGAGAAGAUAAUUUGGACGUUAGCGAUAGUGAAGAUGAAGGAGACCAGAAGAAAGAGAAGGAUAGGGGCGACGCUCAGGGCGAUAAGCAAGUUGAGACGCCAGCGCCUGUGGACGACAGCACAGCUGCCCGUGUCUCGUCGUUAGCGACGACGAAGAUCCUCACACCGGCCGACUUUGCCCUGCUCAACGACCUGCGUCUACAGGCGGCCUCUAAAGCUGUCGAGCGUGGCGGAGGCUCUACUACCAAGCGGAAACUGGCAACCCUAGAGGCCAAUAAAAAAGCCCUCGCUCAAUCCGGCAACCCAGAGAACACCUUCAUCUCAGAAGAUGACAUCGUCGGUCCGCGCAAGAAGGCAAAGGCAGAUUAUGCUGAGCGCAUAGCGUCGAUCGAAAAAGGCAGAGAGGGUCGCGAGAAGUUCGGCUCGCUCAAGGGCAAGAAGAACAAGGCUGCGCCGAGCAGCUCGACGAACAGAGAGAAGGCGAGGAACAAGCCGAUCAUGAUGAUACUCGCGAGUGGCGCAGUCAAGAAUAAAAAGAAGGCCUCGUUGAGGGAGAAGCAGCAGAAGCUGAGGGCGCAUAUCGAGCGAGCGAAGAAGGCGCAUCAUUGAUGGGUAGAGGCUUGCACUUGAUCCGUAUGUGCUGUGAUUGUGCAGUCUUGUCUGCCAGAAGUGGCUCUGCCUACGAUGGGUUUGCUUGUCCAUUGCAUCAUGGGCUCAAAACUUUCAGUCGCCAGCGUCACAGACACGGUCCGGGACUAAAGCGGUACUCAGUUUCGAAUUGCGAUUUCAUUGCACAGUUGUUUGGAAAAACACACUUUCUCGUAAGGAGCAUGUAACGGAACCGUCAUUGUUCAUCGCAGGGUCGUUUUCAACCUUCUCCAUUAUGGCUGGUUUAACACCCGCUGACGGACGGCAUAUAUAACAAACACAAAGGCACAGAGAUUCGCUCCACGAAAGUGUAUGAUAGAUCAACGUUAACUUCAAGGACCCGUCCCCAAAACUCCUUAUCAUCGAAGUCUAUCUGGACGUUCCUCUCGACAUCUGGAUGGUGUCUUGCCGUAGCGUAGAG